ACAUGCGUCCGGUAGGCAGUUAGAAGGGCAUUGUGGCUUGUGGCUUACGGCUCUAAUUGCCCCUGGCUUUGGUUGCUCAGGGGCAGAAUAGACGACAAGAAGAGCGAUAGACUUGACCGGCGGACGGGCGAAGUUUGAUGGCUAACAUGGCUAAUAUAGAUCAGCCAUGGUUUCCGUACGUCGGCGCUGCGGCUACGAUAGCGAUAGCGAUAGCGAUAGGAAGUCUGGAAGAGUGUAACCCGGUAGCUGUGAGAGAGUCAAUGCUACGUAUUACGUGCUAUGGCUACACUGCGCAAUGUUGAGCGGCAAAAGCAAAAAAC